AUGCGCUCCUCUUUCUCUUCGCUGGCAGGCACACUUCGCUUCGGUCUUCAGCAGUUGCUUAAUCUCUGCCCUGCCCACACGCCAAGCGGCGCAGAGAGCGCCGCAGCGAGGCGCCCCGGCGCUCCGUUGGGCAGCCCCGCCCGGCGCCGCGGCGGCUCGCCCAAGCGGGCUCACCGCCCGAGCCGGCCAGCCACGUCGCAGGAGCCCCUGACAACGGUGGAGCGCUUCAGGAUGCUGUGCGCGGGCGAGGAGGACUCUCCCGCGGGCCCUGCUGCGCACGAGCCCCGCGGCGACUGGGCCCCCCUCGGCGGCAGGGGCCCCGUCGCCGGCGGGGGCCUGCGCGAAGCGUUGCGGAGGCGCAAGCUGGAGCUGAUGCACCUGCAGCCCGCGUCCCCGGACCAGCGGGGGCUGCCGACGCUGCUCGGGAGCUCGCCGAGCUCGAAGCGCCCAGCGCCCACGGAAGGCGGACUUCGGGAGGCCGUGCCGCGCAAGGGCCGCGCCGCGCCGCGCCCGGA